UUUCAAACUCUGAUCUCACCCUUCUCAUUUUUCCUUAAAGGUUUCCUUCUUUCUUCAAGAAACUAAAAACCCUAAUUAGAAUCUCAAGUUCUCAACAUAAACUCCAAUUCUUCAUUCCCAUUUCAUGGCUUACUUACAACUUACAGGAAAAACGAUUCCCGCAGAUUACAGCCGAGAUAGAUACAUGAUCAUGAAGAAAAUUGGUAUUGAUUCUAAUGCAAAUGUCUAUAAAGCCGUGUACUUGCCGGGAUACCUUCGGGCGGAGCAGAGACUUGCCAAGGCGCCCCAGUAUGUUUCUGUGAAGGCAAUCCCCAUCGGGAGAGGAACUCGUGCAUUUGAUCGAGAAAUCAGAAGAAGUAUUUUUUCUUCAACCCCUGGUGCGGAAAAUAUAGUUGAAAUAAAGAAAAAAUUCUACUCGAAUCUCACGUUUUUAUGUGCUUCGAUGGCCUACAUGUCUGAAGGAUCACUCCGGUACAUAAUGAGUAAAUGGUUUACAUGGGGGUUGCCGGAAGAUUGCAUUGCGAUUGCUCUUCGAGAAACCAUUAAGGGUCUCUCUUAUCUGCAUGGACGCGGCCGUGCGCAUGGAAAAAUCGACGCCGGCCAGAUUUUUGUGAACGGAAAUUCAAAUGGGGUCGCCAUUAAACUGGGUUUUGAAGCUUCCAUGUAUGAACAUGAUCAAGAAAGAUGGAACCCUAUAGCAAUGCCGUCUACUUCGACUCUACCGUUGAGGGAUAUAACAAAAUGGGGUACUGCGCCUGAGGAUUUCUCGGCGGAAGAGGAAAGUAGAUACAGUUAUAAGCCUCAUUCUGAUAUAUGGUUGGUUGGAAUUACGGCAUUGGAAUUGGCUUAUGGGUAUUUUCCGGUGAGGGAUAGGGCGGAGUUUGAGGCGGUGAUUGAAGAAAUAACGAAGAAAAAAAAACUGCCCACGAUUGAAGAGUUGAAAAAGAUUACUGAUGAAGAGAAAGUGAAAAGAAAGGGAAAACGGGUUAUGAAAUUCUUGGAGAAGAAGUUGAAAUCAAUGGCGGCUAAAAGAGAGAAAAAGGAGCGGCAAUUUUCACCGGAGUUUGAAGAAGUGGUGGUGAAAUGCCUUUCCAGGAAGCCGAGGAAGCGGCCCACGGCAAAUCAGCUUCUACUGUUUAAGUUUUUUCAAAGGAGCAAGGACUUGAAAUUCUUCCAAAAGGCUGUGGUGAAUCGCAAGAAAGUAAUGGAAUACUGAUAGUUGAAGAAAGUGAUCUGAAAAUUACUCCAAAAGAGGUGAAAUUUUUGUCACAUUUUGCCUGAAAAAUACUUCGAAACUUUGAACAAAUUGAGGAUAUAGUACAGAAUAAUCUGCAGAAAGUAGCUUUGGGAGUGAUUUGAAUUUUGGUCCAUAUUCUUCGAUCGAUCUUAAUGCAUUUUCUGUUUCUUGAUAGGAAUUUUCUUCUAAAAUUGGGAUGGAUCAUUAAUUUCCUCGAAUAAAUUCAUUUAAUAUGAUUUUCAA